AUGUUCCCUUCCCGGAGUAAUGGCUACAAUCCGGUUGAGGAAAUUGACCUUGAAGAUUUACACGCUGAUGGCCGUCGCCGGGUGAGUGAGAACCUCGCCACCCGUGAGUAUGACUUGCGACAGAGCUGGUUGACGACACUAAUGCGGGCCAUCCGAGCUGUCGACUAUCUCGACGAGUCUCAGUUGCCUCAAUCAUCCAAGAAUGCGGCUUACUACACUCCACUGGCGGAGUCUGUCCGUCGCCGCGAGCUCGGUCGUGUGCUGCGACAUCCCGAGAUUCUAGUGCCCUUGGUGCUGUCCGGCGUGCUGGAGGCGGUCGCCUGUCUAUCAACAGUGGCGGCGCCACUACUCCUGCAGCGCGUGCUUCGAGAACCUUCAGACCCAGGCCAUCUGCUGGCUCUGUUCGGUAUCAGUCUUCUGGCGGCAGUGGCCGGUCGCAGCAAAGAUCAGAUUUGCCGGGUUCUGGCAGUUCGUGUCUCGUCGAUCCUGCAGUUGGCGCUCUUUCGAUAUAUCGUCAUGGCUUCCUUAUUGCUCUCGCAAACUCAAGCCAACGCAAAAGUAGCGAGUGCUAUGGAGAAAUACCUUGGAUACGACGAGCGACGAAUCACGAUGUUAAGCCAAGCCUUCCAGCGGAUAAAAGGAAUCAAAUUGCUGCAGCUCGAAUCGAUAAUCACCAAGAAAAUAGCCGACAUUCGUGAACUGCAACUUGUAGCAUUAACGCGUCGCCUUCGUCUCGUGUUUUGUUUUUUUAUCUCCGUUAAUCAGAUGAUUCCCGGCCUGACAGCCCUGGUCUCCUUCAUUUCCUACUGGGCCAACCACCAGGCCUUGAAUGCCGAGGUGAUCUUCCCAGCUCUUACACUAUUUGAGCUGAGCCACAGCCCUGCGUCGAAGCUGUCACUAGCGGUGACACGCCAGUUCUCCAUCUUGCCCAGUGUAUUCCGCGUGCGAGAUAUCCUGCGCCAAGAAGAAGUCUACGAACAGAGCUCUGGGCGCCCAGACGAUAUCGAUAUUGCGAUCAACCUCGACAAAGCCACCAUCUCUUACCCUGGCCUCGCAACAAACUCAGAUAUCGCAAAUGAGUACAGUGCAUUCCGACUUGAUGCCCUCACCCUGCAAAUUCCACGGGGACGCCUCACCGGUAUCUAUGGAGCCAGCGGCGCCGGGAAAUCCACUCUGAUAAAGGGAAUUGUUGGAGAAUGCGUGGCUCAGCCCCCUUUAUCAGUCAAGGUCUAUGGAAGCUGCGCCCUUGGCCGCCAGGAUCCGUGGAUUAUGCAAGGUACUGUGCGGGACAACAUCUUACUUGGGCAGCCCUAUGAGGAGCUCCGAUACCGUCAGGUCCUUCGCGACUGCUGUCUUGAAGACGACCUGGACACCUUCCCCGGCAGCGAUCAAGCGCUGGUGGCUAGUAAUGGGGCGACCCUGAGUGGUGGACAGCGAGCGCGCAUCUCACUCGCCCGCGCCCUGUAUAGUCAAGCUGAAAUUGUCCUACUUGACGAUCCUCUAUCGGCUGUGGACACCCGCGUAGGUCAAUCGCUUUGGAACGACUGCAUUAGAAAAUUGUCCCAAACAGUCAUCGUUGCAACUCAUCAAGUCGACCUGCUCCCUCAGUGUGACAAUAUCGUGGUCUUGGACAAGGGUAGAAUCAUUGCCCAAGGACCACCAGAUCAAGUCCUCAAACACUCUUUCUUCGACGGAAGUACCUUGCUGAAUGGACCUAAGGAAUUGUCUACCCCGAUACAUGACCAAGCACAAUCUGUUUCCCCAGCACCUAACACGACCAACUCCAAAGCAGUUGCUCUUGGCGAGGAAGUUAGAGUUAGAGGAAGCGUUGACCGGGCAUUAUAUGGUGUCUAUCUCAGAUACAGCGGGGGAUAUCCCUAUAUCGCUGCUUUAAGUGCGAUAUUUUGCCUAACGGUGGGUACGCGUAUCCUAGGAAAUCUUUGGUUGGCGUGGUGGGUGAGGGACACGUUGAACUGGGCGCAACGCCUCUACAUGUCCGGAUAUAUUGGGGUGAUGCUAUCGCAGGCAGUGUUUGUAGCUCUCGUCGGUGUAUAUCUGGUUUCUGGAAGCGUUCAAGCCAGUCGACACAUCCACGAAGGCGUUCUAGCACGACUAUUCAACGCGGAUAUGGAUUUAUUUGACCGACAGCCGCUUGGACGGAUUACCAAUCGCUUAUCGGUUGAUAUCGAGGGCAUCGACUUUCGAUUGAUCAAUGCGGCGGAUGGCUUGCUUCUCGCAGCUUCUUCGUUGCUAGCUAGUACCAUUGUUCUUGCAAUGAGUUCGCCUUACUUAAUCCUAGCUAUCCUGCCCAUUGGGUACAUAACCAGUCGCAUACAGCUGCUUUAUGGAGUAUCUGCACGAGAAGUGCGUCGCUUGUGCUCUGUCCUGGACUCCCCGGUCCUCACCGUGAUCAACGAGGCCAUGUGUGCGCGGGCUUCACUCCAAGCGUACUCCGCCAUCGAGUUAUUUGAGGAGCGGCAUCGCGCAGUCCUGUCCAAGGCCAUGGCUGGAAUCAGCGUCCGCUACGCACUCGAGACGUGGGUGACAGUGCGUGUGGAACUCGUGUCCGUCCUGCUACUAGGUGCAACCUGUGCACUAUGCGGCCUAGGAGUGCUUACAACCGUUCAGGCUGGUCUGACCCUUAGCCUGAGCAUCACACUAGCGAAACACCUGGACACUUUUCUAUGGUCUCUCAUUAACCUUGACGUUGAAAUGAACUCCAUGGAGCGCCUUAAUCAGUACCUGAUGCUCCCUGCCCCGGAGAGAUAUUCUCCUUCCAUCGGACGAGAAAUCGCACCCUCCUGGCCAGAGAGUGGCAGCGUGACAUUCUCAGGAGUUGGAGUCACGUAUGCUCAAGCGUCGCAGCCGUCUCUCCAUGCCUUUGAUCUCGUCGUUCCUGCGGGUGCCAAAGUGGGAAUCGUAGGCCGAAGCGGCUCCGGCAAAUCGACCAUCAUCGCGGCACUAACAGGGCUUGUACCACUCAUAGCAGGCACUAUUCAGAUUGACAACGUGGACUUGGCAACGGUCUCGCUGCGCCAGCGUCGACAAGCCGUUCAUGUGCUCGCCCAGGAUGCCGUGCUCUUCGAGGGCACGCUUCGUGAGAAUCUGGAUCCCUCUCAGUGCAGCAACGAUGUGGACAUGCUCGGGGCAUUGUCAGCAGUGGCAUGGCACCAGCUCGAGGUCCAAUCAGACGGCGUUGACCGCGAAUCAGUGCUUGACCAACAAAUUUUGGCUGGGGGCACCAAUCUGUCCGCGGGUCAAGCGCAAUUGGUUGCUCUGGCGCGGGCGGUGCUGGUGCGGCCGCGCAUCCUGGUGCUCGAUGAGGCAACAGCGAAUGUUGACCAAAGCACAGAUGAGAGAAUCCAGCGAACCCUACAGCAGUCCUUCCGGCAUAGUACGAUCCUCUGUGUGGCACAUCGAGCAACCAGUGUCUCCUGGAUGGAUCGUGUCAUCACCAUGGCGGAUGGCCGCAAAGUAGGGUGA